AUGCUCCCGAUCGUUCUUGUCGCCCUCGUUGGAGCAACUUUGGCUAUCGAUGAUCAAUCGAAAUUCGCCGCCGACAUGCCAGGCCCAAUGGGAUUCAAUCCAUCACUUGGUGGAGGAUCCCUUCCUGGACCCGGUGGAAACUUCGGUGGACCCCAACAAGACCAAUUCGGCGGAAAUGGACCAGUUGGACCAAUUGGCGGAGGAAUGGGUGAGCUUGAU